AUGCAGCUGUUUCCACUUCUACGGAAACUCAGCAUCUGGCAUCGUGCCAUCGACCGCUUUAAAAGAGUUCCACAAUCUUCGCUGGCCUACCCGCUUACUCCAUCAGACCUGGAGCGCGCUAAAUUGACCUUGAUUAAGUUCACUCAAGGACAAUACUUUGCUAGAGAGAUUCACACGCUACAAGAUGGUGAUGGUCUGCCUAAAAAUAACAGCAUCACUAAGCUGACUCCGUUCAUCGACCAUCAGGGGGUCCUGAGAGUCGGUGGCCGCUUGAAAAACGCAUUGCUGGACCCAGAAGAGAGGCAUCCAGCGAUUCUACCACGACAAUCACCGCUUACAUCAAUUUUGAUUGAUGAGUCGCACCGCAAAACGCUUCACGGAGGUACUCAGCUUACGCUCGCUGACUUACGCAAGAGUGUCUGGAUCAUUGGAGGCCGUGUUCCAGUCAGAUCAUUUAUUUUACGCUGCGUUAUCUGCACGAUACACCGUGGAGAACGCGCUCAACAGUUGAUGGGUCAACUACCCGUCGCACUAGUACAGCCAACUCGAGCCUUCUUGCAUACAGGACUCGACUACGCUGGACCUAUCACGUUGAAAACGUUUCAAGGACGUGGAGCAAAAACAUACAAAGGCUGGAUUGCAGUCUUUGUAUGCAUGUUCAGUUCAGCUGUACAUUUAGAGCUAGUAACUGACUACACCGCUGCCGCUUUCAUCGCUGCUUCACUAGUCGCCGAGGUAUCUGCCACACACUAUAUUCGGACUGUGGAACCAAUUUUGUAG